GAGGUCACACGACAGAUUUCACUCUGACGCUUUGUAACGACCCGUGAAACCUGCAAGAGGGAGGGGAGGGAGAGGAGUGUCUGACAGAACCGUUCAGCUCGAGGCGAGACCUGCAUCGUGGAUAUUUAUUAUUCAGCGUGACUGACGAUAUCAGGACACAACAACACACAACAGCGACGAGUUCGCGCGCGCAGCGGGAUAUUCAACUUAAGCUUUUAUCUGACGUUAUUUACUGAAGUAGGCUACUGUUGUCUUUUGAGUUUUGAUACAUUAAGCUAAAAUGAAUCGAAUGGGGAGUAUGUGCACAUUUGAUGAAAUCAGAUGGGAUGACAGAAUGAACGGGCACAGAACGCUCAGACUGACUCUUCAAGAGCAGAACCAGCACCAGCCGCCAACCACAGAUAAGCCAAUUGGCAGAGCUUUUGCUUUGGUACAACCAACCUAUGAGAGACAGCCAUUGAAGUCUGAUUUGAUCAAGCAGUCUGAGGACCAGGGUGAAGUCAUCAAGGUAUAUUUGGAAGACCGCAAAGAGGCACAAGCCAGACACCAACAGAGUCUAAAGAUGCUUUCAGAUGAAGUUUCACAAAUACAGGAGGUGAGAUACUGUCUAAAAAACCUCAGAGAGCAGAUGGCAGCUAAAAAUCACAGGACAGAACAUAAGCUGGUGUUAUCUGGUCCCAGAAAAGUUAAUGGCACUCAUUCAGCACUAACAAAGGCCCUAAACGGUUUAGAGAGACAGGAUAGUAUGGAUGAGCAGGAAAAAGAGAAGAUGAGGGAGGCCAGUAAACGUCUUUAUGCUCAGCUCCAAGAGGCCGAGAAGAAACACCAGGAGGAGAGAGAAAAACUGCUGACAGAGGCACAGCAGUAUAAGCAGCAGUUAUCUGAGCAGAGCGAGUAUCUGAAGAGGGUUCAGCAGAGCAAAGAGCAGCAGGAUCAGCAGAUCGAGGACCUGCAGCGUCUCAUGGGCGGCAUGGAGCAGGAGAGCUCCACCCUCAGAGACCAACUCAUGACCAAAGAAGCCAAACUCCUGCAGCUGCAUGAACUGAGGGAGGAGGGCCAUGCAGGGAGAGAGAGGUUAGAAGAGCUGGAAAAGGAAAAUGCUAUUCUGAAAGAGAAGAUUCAUCACUUGGAUGACAUGCUCAAGAGUCAACAGAGAAAGCUACGGCAAAUGAUUGAACAGCUUCAGAACUCACGCAUGGUGAUUCAGGAGAGAGACCGAGUGAUCAGAGAGCUGGAGGAAAAGGUGGCCAUGCUGGAGGCAGAGAACAAACAAAUGCGUGAUCAGAUGGAUUACUACCUGGGGAGUCAAAGGUCAAACUCCUACCUGCCAUCAGACGGCAAUGCGCAGAUUGUCUACAGCAAACCACUGAGACCAUCCACCCAGACCAACAAGAGCCUCCCCUUCAUCAAGGUCAUUGAAAUUAAAUCAUGAACAUUACCACAGCUCUGUUAUGACAACCGCACCAUCCACAGUGCAGAGGAAUACUAGCAACCUAACCAUCACAGACCUUCACCAAUGACGUGUGAUUGCUUUGAUGUCUAAAAGCCUUUUCUGCAAGAAUACUUCUAACAGUGCAGAGUUACUGUUAUUGCCAUUAUUACAUACUCUAACUAUGAAUUAUCCAUGUAGAUUUGACAGAACAGGGACUGUUAAAGAGCAUAUCCAUUACUAUGAAGACAAAUGAAGAAAACAAAUGAAGAACUCAUCUUUGCAUUAUUAUGAGAAUUGUAAAGGGCUUCUAGAUGGAUUCUGGGGGUAUUUAGGUAUUUAUUUGAGGCUGGCCCUCUGAAGACGAUGUCUUUCACUCAACAUUAAUAGACAGACAGAUUGUGUUGCUAAACACCCUCAUUGAGCUCUCCUUAUCUCUCGUAAUCUCCUUCGGUAUUAGCUCGGCUAAACUUUAGUGGGUUUCUGAGUUCACAGAAAUCACAGGUGAAAAUCUGUUAAAAUUAUAGAGACAAUGGAUGGGAAGAACAUUUUUAUUUUAUUUUAUUUUUUUAUUUUAUUUUUAAAAGAAGGACAAAGGUAUGUGAAUUAAAGAAGGAUGAAGGAUUUUUGUAUCUUAAUUGUAUCUAUUUGUUAAGGCAGGAAAUGUGUUCUGUGGUACUGUUGUGGCUAUUGAUUUUUUUUUUUUACAAUAAUUCAGCUCCCGUUUCAUUGAUAACUGAUGAUGAAAGAUGAUGAAAGAACUGAAGGGGAGACCCAAGUUCAUCCUGAAACAAAAACUGCAACAAAUAUUUAUUUUUGCUCUACAUGCUUUUCUCAACCAAGGAGACACAGCAGGGAGAAUCCAGUGACUCUCCUUCUAUGAAAAACAAAGACGCCUUGUGAGUGUUUCAUAAGUUUGAAAGAAUGUAACACUUGUCCUCCAGUGAGCCAGACCAGUUCAGGCCAGUAGGGCACAGUGUGACCUCUGUUAUCCAGUCCAGCCAGCCUCUGCAGUACAAUCUACAGUUACUCAGUUAGAUAUUUCCAACAUUCAGUAAACUGGUUUUAUAACACCUAGUUAGAGAAGUGAUGUGAUUGGCCGGAGCACCUGCCCACCUCAAAGUAAUGUCAUGUGAACCAUUAAUAAUACCACAGCAGAGAUUAUUUAUGCUUCGUUAAUUUAUUUCUGGGCAGGGCUGUGUUUAAAAAUGCAUUUCAUAACCAUGUUUAUCCACCUUCACAUUUGUAGAUAGUGUGUAUAUUUUCUCUGUGUGAACUUUUAACCGUAUGUGAAUUUCUUAGGCUUCAUAUUAGCAUGUAACAUCUUUUGUUAUU